UUUGGUUUUGGUCAUAAUAAUCCAUAAGUAUCAAACUUAAAGACGAAUCUGAAAAUAGCCAUUACUGUUUUUUUUUCUCUGAAGAAAAAGAAAAGAGUAGAGCUUUUUUGUUUAAUAUAGGAAUUAGGAAGGAGGAGGAACACAACACCACACUUGUGCGCAAACUUUCACAGUGUCCGACGAUCUCAAAGCCCAAAUAUCAAAGCUCUUCUCUCUCUCUAUCUCUCCCCAAAAAUUCGUAGCUUUUUUGCAUUUUGCUUCUGCAUUCGGCUUUGGAUUUCAUAAAGUGUUGAGAUUUAAGAGUGUAUCUCACUCAAUCUCUCUGAUAAGAGCUUUCAAGCCACAAGUAAACCGACCCAGAGAGUUUAAAAAAAAAGAAGAGUCUUUAAUGCGAAGUCGUUUCUAGGUCUGAUCUACAGAUCCUGGUACCCUAAUUUUCCCCUGCCGCAACGGUCUCCUCCUUCCCUUCGCCGUCAUUUCACCGGUGGGGUUUUACAUCUGAAUCUCUGUGGUUGAGAGAAAAGCAAUCGACUUUAGUGAGUGUUGAGUUUAUAUAUUGGAAGGUAGAAGUUGAAGUGCGUAACUACUGUUGCAAAAAAAGGUCGAAAUUGAAACUCUUUAGUGAGUGAUAGAGAUGCUGACAUGCAUAGCUUGUACGAAGCAGCUAAACACCAACAAUGGUGGAUCUAAGAAACAAGAAGAGGAUGAAGAAGAAGAAGACAGAGUUAUUGAAACACCCAGGUCUAAGCAGAUUAAGUCCCUGACGUCACAGAUUAAAGACAUGGCAGUAAAAGCAUCAGGUGCUUACAAAAGCUGCAAACCGUGUUCUGGGUCGUCUAAUCAGAAUAAGAACCGAAGCUACGCUGAUUCGGAUGUUGCUUCGAAUUCUGGGAGGUUUCGUUAUGCGUACAAGAGAGCGGGGAGUGGAAGCUCAACACCGAAGAUUUUGGGGAAGGAAAUGGAGUCAAGGUUGAAAGGUUUUUUGAGUGGAGAAGGAACACCUGAAUCCAUGAGUGGUAGGACAGAGUCUACAGUGUUCAUGGAGGAAGAAGAUGAGCUCAAGGAAUGGGUUGCUCAAGUGGAGCCUGGUGUCCUCAUCACAUUUGUAUCAUUGCCUGAGGGAGGGAAUGAUAUGAAGCGGAUUCGGUUCAGCCGUGAAAUGUUCGAUAAAUGGCAAGCUCAAAAGUGGUGGGCGGAGAAUUUCGACAAGGUCAUGGAAUUAUACAAUGUACAGCAGUUCAAUCAGCAGAGCGUCCCACUUCCAACUCCUCCUAGAUCUGAAGAUGGGAGCUCGCGAAUUCAGUCUACCAAGAAUGGUCCUGCAACUCCACCUCUGAACAAAGAAUGCUCUCGAGGAAAAGGCUACGCUUCUUCUGGCUCACUCGCUCACCAACCAACAACCCAAACACAAAGUCGACACCAUGAUUCAUCUGGUCUUGCUACAACACCAAAACUCUCUAGCAUAAGUGGGACAAAAACCGAGACAUCAUCUGUUGAUGAGUCUGCAAGAAGUAGCUUCUCAAGGGAAGAAGAAGAAGCAGAUCAUUCAGGGGAGGAGCUAUCUGUAAGUAAUGCAAGUGACAUUGAAACAGAAUGGGUGGAACAGGACGAAGCAGGUGUUUACAUCACAAUCAGAGCUUUACCAGAUGGGACUCGCGAGCUUAGGCGUGUUCGCUUCAGCCGAGAGAAGUUUGGGGAAACGAAUGCAAGAUUGUGGUGGGAGCAGAACAGAGCUCGGAUACAACAACAAUACUUGUGAUGACCGAUGACGGUCGAAGGCUCUCUAGAGAAGAAUCUGACACACACCAAAACAAAACACUUUUCUUUUAUAUGUUUUACUUGGAAAAAAGCUACAGAGUGAUGGAAAUAACUUGGGAUUCAGAUAAUGAAUGUGCUUUUUAGUUGGUGGUUGUUAGUACAUCUCUUUCUCUUCUUUCUCAUCUACAUCUAUCUAUAAAGAGGAGGUAUUAGUUUUACUGGAUUUUCUUGGUGUUAUUUUCUUAAGGUAAUGUACUGUAUAUAGUUUAAUACUAAGAAAAUUCAUAUUAUUGGAUUUGAAAAUUA